AUGAAAAUAAAGCUAUUUAGACUAAGAGAAAAAUUAUUCAAGAGAACAAUUAUUGUUAUAAUGGGGCGAGAUAAUGACGAAUUCGGUACUUACGAGGUCCAUAAAUCUGAAGAGCUCGGCAGAUAUCUUGUUGCUGCACGUGAUUUAUCACCUGGAGAUGUAGUCUUAACGGAACUGCCCCUUAUCUUCGGACCCAAAGCCAUGCCUGACCCUGAAGCAUCAAUGCCAUGUGUUGGGUGCUAUAAACCAGUAUUUACCGAUAUAGGGGAGAGAUGUUCAAGAUGUGGUUGGCCCGUUUGCUCUGGCAACUGUCCUGGACUGAAGGACCCUCGACACCAUGGAGUUGAAUGUGACAUAUUAAGUGUUCGACCGGAAUGUGUCCUUGAUAACAUGGCAGAAUAUUACAGGCAUGAUGCUUUACUACCAUUACGAUGUCUUCUUCUUCAAAAUACAGAACCAGAUAAGUGGAGGAAAUUAUUAGAAAUGCAAUCACAUAUGGAGUUUCGAGCGCCGGGAACAGAGAUAUACGAAGAAGUCAACGAAUUUAUCGUCGAAUAUCUCAUGAACAAUUUCAUAAAUAAACUAGAUGAUAGUAUAAAGAAGAAAUAUUUAAAAAAUGUAACAGCUGACCUAAUACAUAUAAUAUGUGGUAUCAUAGACACGAAUGCAUUAGAAAUAAGACUACCUGACGGUUCAGAACUGAAUGCUUUAUACGCUAACACCUGCUUACUAGAACACAGUUGUAUACCAAAUACGAAGCAUAUAUUUAAUUUGUCAAAAGAUAACGGUCUUUAUAGAAUAAAAAUUAAAGCAGUAGUGCCAAUAACAAAAGGAAGUCAUAUAGCAACUAUGUAUAGCCAUGCUCUAUGGGGUACACAGGCAAGACGGCAACAUUUAAAAGAUACCAAAUAUUUCUCAUGCAAAUGUCUUCGAUGCAGUGACCCAACAGAAUUAGGCACUUAUUUAAGCGCUAUGAAAUGUUUUGGUGACGACAGAGGUCCUUGCGAUGGAGUACAUUUGCCUGAAGACCCAUUAAAUGAAGAAACAGAUUGGGCUUGCAGUAAAUGUCCAAUAAAAGUGAACAAUUCUCAAAUAAACAUGCUUAUAUCGCAAAUGGGGGAAGAAGUAGAAAACGUACAGAUGAGUGCCGGUUCUGUGAAUAUGUUGGAAAAUGUUCUCACGAGACUGUCAACAUUUUUACAUCCAAAUCAUUAUCAUCUGUACUCUAUAAAGCACUCGCUAAUUCAAUUGUAUGGGAGGCAACCCAGUUACAUGUCCGAGGAGAUAUUAGAUAAGAAAAUUAAAAUGUGCAAAGAUUUAAUAGAUAUAACUAAAAUAUUAGACCCAGGUAAUGCCAGACUUAGUCUAUAUAGCGCUGUUUUAAAUCAUGAGUUACACUCAGCUUUACUACUAAAAUGCAAAAAGGCUAAUCGCGAUGGUUCUAUCAAAUCGGUUGAAGAAAUACAAUCAUUACUCAAAGAAGCUAAAGAUUCUAUAGAAGUAGCAUUAUUGUCUUUAAAGGACGAUAUAGAAGAAACUUCAGGUAAAAGAUUGUAUGAAGUCAUAGAAUGCAGUAAAAAGGACUUUGAUAAAUAUUGCAAAGAAAAGAAUGUUAGUGUU